CGCAGAAGCCGCACAGAGCUGCUCCGCUGAUGCGAAGUUCACGUCCAGAAGGAAACGUACGGUGCGGAGCGCAAAUCGACCAACCGGGUGGCAGAGAAAAGAGGCGGUGAAGUUGUUUCUCCGCGAAGGGACUACUUUAUUCUAAGCUGGCCUUAAGUGAACUGAAUGAAAACACAGGAGGCCCUCUACCUGGAACCUAUCGGGGAACUAAGUGGAUUGAAGAAGGCAGAGAGCAAGUGAGGGAGGGAAGACAGAAGGGAUUAGCAGCUAAUCCAGUGCAUGGACAAUCCUGGAUGAGCCUUAUUUUUUUCUUCCACGAUGAUGCAGACAAAACAGUCGCUGGAUUACUUCACACUUCUUUAUUGGCCUUUUUAAGAACGCUUCCCCCACCUUUUUCCUCUGCUCUGAUUGUUUUCGUUGCCUCUCAAAGGUCUGGUGCCUUGGGUACAAAGGGGACCCGAGGAACUGAGGAUAAAGACGCGGAGCGACAGGCCUGGUGACAGGAUGUCCCAUGGACAGUGUGGUGCCACACAUGGAUAAACGGCUUUAGUGGUAGACGGUGCAUGGCAGUGGACCCCUGAGCUCUCUCUGCUUGGACUUUGAGGAAGACAAGUGCAUGAGACGCACACAAUCCUCUCGAAAGUAGAGAUCUAUUGGAAGCUCAUGCAAAAAGGACUCGCUGCCAUGGACCCUAAACUGGAAUUCAAACUUGACUGACAUGUUAUCUGAGCUCAGACGCUCUCAUUUAAAUUAAAGGGAAAUUACACAACUUUCCUGUCACAAUGAGUCUGGGAAAACUGCCAGGGAUCAAGGGCCUUGUGUCUGGCUCGCAGGGGAAACGUCGUUUCAAGAGCGAACUCUCUGUGGACAUGAUCAGCCCGCCGCUGGGUGACUUCCGACACACUAUGCAUGUUGGUCGUGGCGGGGAAGUGUUUGGUGACACUUCCUUCCUUAGCAACUACGGGGGCAACCGGGAACCAGGAAGUCCAGACUCAGCAAACAGCUCCAGGACGACCGGGUUCUUCACACGCACCUUUCGGCAUGUACGGAAGAACUCGGUGCCGCGUCCGCGAGGGGGCUCCCGGGACUUGUCAUCCACGCCACCAGACGUCUCACCCAUCAUCAAGAACGCCAUCUCCCUGCCCCAGCUGAACAUGGACUCCCCCAAUGGGUGCCUACAGAGGGUGCUGUUCCCCAGCUCCAUCAGCUCGACAGAUGACUCCUUCUGCACAUAUGGUCUACAGUCUGGAUUUGUCACUCUGCCCCGCCUCUCUCGCAUUGACAGACAGUUUUAUGAUGGAGACGUGCAGAAAGGGUCUCUACCCGACAGCGGUGGCUUCACGCUGACUCGCUCAGACUCCCUCAUGUCGUUCACUGUAGACCUCGGCCCUUCUCUUAUGACUGAGGUGCUGAGCUUGAUUGACAACCCCAGCUGCCUUCAGACGUCCAAUCACAGCCAGGCAGCAGGCGAGGAAGAGGAAGGAGAGGACCACAGCUCUCUAACAGAGACGCCUGUGCAGAGCCCUGAGCUGACUUCACCCAACCCCUCCAUGAGUAGCAGGUCAUUCAGCAGUAACAUGAACAACAGGGGGGGCUCUUGUAGCGUGGACUGGGCAGAGCAAGAGGAGGAGAGGGGGUCACUGAGGACUCCAGAUGUGUGCACUGGGUCUCCUCAGAGAGCGGAGCCGGCGAUGGAGGCAGAACGGUUCCAGAGGGCGGCUGACGUGCUGUCUCGUCAUUAUGGUGGAGGCUCCUUCACAAAGGGAACCAGGAUGGGCAACGACACCCCCUCUCCUGCUUUGGCCCAAAGCAGCAAAACACCGUAUGCCUUUUCUGAAGAGGAGGAAGAGGUCAAAGUCUAGAUGUUGAAAGUCUUUCUGAAAGAGAGCAGGAACUUUAUUGAUUCAAUAAACCCAUAGAAACCUUCCAGUGAUUGGAAUUCUUGGUUUAUUUCACGUCAGGGAGCCUGAACGUUGUGUGAUAUUCUGUUCUUCAAUAGAAACAUGCUUCCUCUUCUCACAUGGGGAAGUCAGUGAUCAGCUACCAGAUCCUGGUCUGUAUUCAGUUUCUGCAGGAUGGAUGUUUGAUGCUGAUCUCGACCCUGGACCUUCCCCUCUCUCUGCACUACGUUGCUGCCAUGAUUUUAUAGAUUGACUCUAGAGAUAAGUCACUGAAUGAGUCGGACACCACACAAUAGAUUCUUGUCAAGACUAAAUAUUAAUAAUGACUUUUUAAGUUUCAUCAGUAACAAAAAUGUAAAAGUGAAUAAAAAAUGUCACACCUGCAUUAAUCAUCAUCUUAACAGUCAACUGAAUAUAACCGGGAAAAAUCACUUUUGAAUGGACUUUGAUUUUUAGAUUUUUUUACACUGUACAUAAUCAUGAUGUUCAACAGUAAAAAUGUGUUUUACAUUAAUAAAGAUCUUCAGGUUCAAAGGUCUGAGGCAUCAAGCUGAACCUGGAAUUUGGGAAAUAAAGUUUUAUAACACUUGAGAUGAAACCUCUGUAGAUUGUAAAAUAAUUAACUGUAAUCUGGAAUAAUGGUGUUAUAAACCUAACAUCGUUGUACAACAACAGCUUAUAUUGAUCACAUGUAUAUAGGAUUGUUUAUCAAGCUUUUAUCAGUAUUAGUUUAUCUUUUUCUAAAAUGAUAAAGCUGAUGUAAUAAAGGCCUAAAUUCAGAUUUCUGCUUC